ACUCCGGGCCCCAAAUACAAAACGCUCGAGUCCUCCGUAACCCUAAACCCCCAAAACCCUCGUCGCCUCCUCCGUCCAUCCAUCCAAUCCCAAUCCUCGGGGCGAGCGCGCGCGGAGAGGGAGAAGAUUCCCACGGCGAUGGCGGCGGUGGCUAGGGUUUUCCGCGGGUCCCGGUUCCUCAUGUCCCCGGCGGCCGGCGCGGCGGCGGCGGCGGGGGCCAAGAAGGCGGCGCCGGCGCCCCAGGUCACCAAGGCGGACGCGACGGCGGCGAAGGAGAAGCGCGGGAUCAUGAAGCCGGUGCCGGUCUCCGAGGAGAUGCGGAGGUUCGCCGGCGGCGCGCCCGAGCUCGCCCGCCCCCAGGCCGUCAAGCUCAUCUGGGCCCACAUCAAGGCCAACGGCCUCCAGAACCCCGCAAAGAAAACGGAGAUCAACUGUGAUGCCACGCUCAAAAGCUUGUUUGGUGGGAGGGACAAGGUUGGGAUGCUGGAGAUCUCGAAGCUACUGAACCCUCACUUCCUGAAGAACUAACAAAAGCAGCAGAUGGAUCCAGCGAUAGUACUUUAUUGGAUGGCCAAUCCAUGUUAAGUCCAGGUUCCACUAGGUAGUUAAGCCAAAGUCAUGUGAUGGCGUCAAGACUUCAGACUUUGUUGAGCGGUUGGGUUUGGGGUGUGAUGCAUGUAAAAAGGAUUCCCAGUGUUGUGGUUGCUCUUGUGAUCCUGCAAGGGCACUGGUGUGCACAAUGAUGUGGGAAAUGGUUAUUCGCUAAUGGCACAUCUUCCUAAUCGUAUGUUUAUGCCUAUCUUGUUGCAGUGAAAUGAUUGUGAUCAAGUAUUAUGGUCACUUGCGUG